UGAUGUGAAAGAAUUCAUGUAUGAUUUCAGAUUCAUAAAGCGAUAAGCAUGUUUACGUCAGAGAUCAUAGCCAAAUGUGUGUUCGGUCUAGAUGGCAACGUAUUCUACGAUCCAAACGCAGAAUUCUACCAACAAGGCCAAAAACUUUGGGCGGGCUCAUUUUACAAUCCUGUGAUAAUGUUUGUGGCAUUCUUUCUCCCCUUUGUCAACAAAUUGCUUGGAAGAGGACUGUUCCCGAAUGAUGUAUUAGACUUUUUUUGCCAACACAAUCAAGCAAACGGCAGAGUACAGGAAGAAAAAUCCUGAUAAAGUGCCAGAUGAUUUUAUUCAAUAUUUUCUAAACAUGAAAAACGAGAAUGCUGGAUUCACCAUCGAAGAUGUGAUUGCCCAUAGCUUAACGUUCUUCACCGAUGGAUCUGAAACCUCAUCGGUGGUAGCCAACUUUCUUAUAUAUGAGUUGACAGUGAACCCAGACAUCCAGGAGGCUGUGAGAGAAGAGGUUCUGGCCAUGGAGUCCUUCAGCUUUGAGUCCAUUUCUUCACUAUCUCUACUUGAUCGCGUUAUCCAAGAAACUUUGCGCAAGUACGGACUUUUCAUUAUGAGCAAAGAAUGCACCAAGGACUGCGUACUAAAAGCCGGUGGUCGAUCAUUUCCAGUCCGCAAAGGGCAAGAAGUGAUAAUACCAGUGUAUGGAAUCCAGAGAGACCCUGACAUUUACCCCGAUCCUGACAAGUUCGAUCCUGACAGAUUUCUGCCAGAAAAUGUCAAGAAUAGGCACCCCAUGACCUAUCUGUCUUUUGGAGGCGGCCCCCGCUUGUGUAUUGGUUACAGGUUUGCCAACUGUCAAAUAAAGGUUUUGAUGGCGAACUUGUUAUCCAACUUCAGACUGGUCAAGUCCCCCAAGACUGUAGACAACAUAAAACUAAGUCCCGUGAUGUUUUUUCCUAUGCCUGAAACUACCAUUUGGAUUAGGUUGCAGAAGUUGUAACAAAGUGAUAGAGUUGUAUUUAUGUACUUUUAGAUAAUUAAACUAUUAAAGCGUAAAA